AUGGCGAGCGGGUGGGUUAAGUCAUUACAAUGUAAGUCGAGAGCAUUUGAUGAUGUUUUUAACCCGAACCCGAAACACUUAUUACCCAGUUCCAGUUGCAGAAAAACCUCUUCAAAAAUCAUCAAAGAUGUCAUUAUUGAAACUAAAACCAAGAAACCAAAACCUAAACACCAUUUUAAUCAAAACCAACAAAAACCCAUCACGAAUCCCAAGCAUGAACCGGUUUCAACACCUCCAUCGCGUUCUCGGUCAACCCGCAACCCUGACCAAGUUUUCCCUGCCCUCACCGAGCUGCCUGAGGGACACCCUUCAAGAAAUGUGGUAGAGAUCAUAUUUCACACGAGUUGGAGCAACAAAUCAUUUCCGGGUCGGAUCGAGAUGAUUUUUAAAGUGCAAAACGGGUCAAGAACGGUGACCCGAUUUGAAGAAUAUCGAGAAAUUGUUAAAACAAGGGCCGGGCUAUCGGGUGGGACCACGUGGGAGGAGAAUGCAAGGUGCGUCGCGGAUGGAAACGAGAUGAUGCGGUUUUACUGCUUGGGUCCUGCAGGAGGCGUACAUGACGAGCGUGGCGUUGCGUGGGUUUUCCCUGGUAAGAAAGGGGCAGCGGUUUGCACGUUUUCCGGCAGUGGAGGAGCUCAUGAUAGCGCUGGUGGUGGUAGGGGAAGGAGAGCGAUGCUUGUUUGUCGGGUCGUGGCUGGUCGAGUUACGAAUCAAAUCCGGUUUGAUUCGUUGACUGAUGACGGUCGGGUCGGGUUUGACUCGGUGAGUGGGAAUAAUGGCGAGUUGCUGGUAUUUGAUAGUCGUGCAGUGUUGCCUUGUUUUCUUAUUAUCUAUAAAUUGUAA